AUGACAACAGCAAUUCCUGGGCCAAAAGCCAAACCCCUCGUGGGAAAUUUGUUGGAUCUUAAGGAUGAAGAAGCUCCACUUAGAGCACUCGAACAUAUGGCCGUCGAAUAUGGCCCCAUAUACAAAUUGACCAGAGGAAGUGCUAGAGUAAUCGUCGUUAGUUCCGUGGAGAUGAUGGAAGAACUUUGUGAUGAAAGUCGAUUCGAAAAGGCACCACCAAUGGCACUUUCAAAAAAGGAUGAUCGACCAUCUGGUAUGUUUACAGCGACGAAUGAUGAUCCGGAUUGGGGUCAAGCACAUAGAAUUCUUGUACCUGCUUUUGGACCAUUGGCUAUCGAACAGAUGUAUGAUCAAAUGCAAGACAUCGGAAAUCAAUUACUCUUGAAAUGGGCUAGAUUAGGUCCAUCAGAGCCUAUAACAAUGACGGAUGAUUUUACCAGACUAACUCUAGAUACAAUUGCGCUUUGUGCAAUGGAUUUCAGGUUCAAUUCUUUCUAUACAGAUAAGAUGCAUCCAUUUGUUGAUGCAAUGGUGGGAUUUCUCUCCGAAUCCGGGGAUAGAGUUAGACGACCAGGGUUUGUUACCAGUUUGAUGCGGAAGAAGAACGCCAAAUUCCAAAAAGAUCUAGACUAUAUGUUUGAGAUUUCUCAAGGCUUGGUGCAACAUCGAAAACAAAACCCUACAGAAAAAAAGGAUCUUUUGAAUGCGAUGCUUAGUGGAAAAGAUCCUAAGAAUAAGGAUGAAAUGAGAGAUGAUUUAAUCAUAGCUAACAUGAUCACGUUUUUGAUCACUGGUCAUGAAACCACGUCUAAGCUGCUCUCAUUUGCUUUCCUUAAUUUGUUGAAAAAUCUAGAUGCAUAUAAUGCAACUCAGCGCAAAGUAGACCAAGUGGUCGGUAGAGGACCUGUUCGUGUGGAGCAUCUCAAUAAGUUCGAAUACUUAAGUGGCGUACUCAGAGAAUCGUUACGACUCACGCCAACUGCUCCAGUUGUGUCAAAACGGCUUGUCAAGGGUGUUAGUGGAGAAAGCGCGACUUUUUCCCGCGGAAAAUAUAAAAUCGAACCCACUGACAAGAUCAUUGUGCUACUUGGGGCUGUGCAACAGGAUCCUAACGUUUAUGGAUCUGAUGCAAAUGAAUUUAAACCAGAACGUAUGAUGGGAGAUAAUUUCAAGAACUUACCAAGUGCGGCUUGGAAACCAUUUGGAAGUGGAGUCAGAGCAUGUAUUGGACGUGCAUUUGCAUGGAUUUCAAUAUCGUCAAGUAUUAAGUCACCAGAAAAGUCCACGGUGCCUUCUUCAGAACUACCAAAUAUCUCGCGCCUAAAGUUACAUUCUAAGCCCAUGACGAUACUUUAUGGAUCAAACACAGGAAGUUGUCUUGCUUUCGCACAAAGAAUGGCUUCGACAGCUGCUGGAAAUGGCUUUGAAGCCAUAGUUUUGGAAUUGAAUAGUGUAGUUGGAGCAUUACCUAAAUCUCAACAUAUUGUUAUCAUUACAGCUUCAUAUGAGGGCCAUCCACCAGACAAUGCAGCUAGAUUCGUCAGUGAUUGGAGAGCUACAUUUCAAAAAAUACCAACAAUAGUUGAUAAUCGCAUGGCCGAAUUCGGAAGUUUAAGACUUGUACCGAGAGGUCUCUCAGAUGCGGCCAAAGGAGAUCUAUCUGGUGAUUUCGAUGACUGGUUAAAUAAAACUUUUUGGCCAAAACUCAGCCGUGGUUCGAAAUCUCAAGACGCAGUCUUGGAAACAGGAAUGCAUCUUGAAAUUUCUACUCAACCAGGUGUUACAAGUUUUCGACAAGAUGUCCAAGAUGGUGUUGUAGUUGAAGCUCAAGUAUCAACAGCACCAGGAAUACCUGAGAAACGUCAUCUAGAAAUUGAACUUCCCCCCGAUAUGACAUAUGAAAGUGGAGAUUAUCUUGCUGUUCUUCCGGUCAAUUCUAAUCAGAAUGUUAGAAGGGUUAUGAAAGUAUUUGGACUAGCUUGGGAUUCGACUAUUGUUAUCAAAGGUCAAAGUUUGGGUACUUUGCCACUUGAUACUCCGCUUUCGAUUAGAGAUACAUUGGCGGGGUAUGUAGAGCUGUUCGAACUUGUUAGUAAAAAGAUGCUUCAAACAAUGGCCAAUUCCACUACUGACCAAAAUUUGAAACAAUACCUCGCAACCAUAUCUACGGAUUCAGACAUCUACGAACAACAAGUUCUCACCAAACGUCUAAGUAUUAUUGACCUCCUAGAAGCACACCCAUCAGCGAAGCUCAAUUUCCGCGAUUUUCUUUCUUCUCUCUCUCCCCUACGAGUCCGCUACUACUCCAUCUCCUCCUCUCCUCUCCAUUCCCCGAACACAUGCACAAUAACCUACAACGUUCUCUCCAUACCCUCCUUCUCCGGCCCGGGCCACUACGCCGGUAUCUGUGGAACCUAUCUCUCUUCCCUUCUCCCCGGAGACCCUAUCAAAGUCUCCGUCCGACCCAGUAGCAAGAAACUCUUUCGUCUCCACUUAGCCAUCGAACGGACUCCUCUCCUCAUGUUUUGCGCUGGUACCGGAAUCGCCCCCUUCAGAGGCUUCAUCCAACAGCGCGCCAUGCAAGCCGCUGCAUCACCGGACCGCAAACUUGCCCCCGCGAUUCUAUUCGUCGGAUGUAGAUCUUCGACAUCCGAUCGUCUAUAUGCGCGGGAACUCGACAGAUGGAAAGACCUCGGUGUAGUCGAUAUCCGAUAUUCUUUUUCGCGCGAUUCAGAGUCUCCGCCAAGUGAAAGGGAGACGAUGAGAAUGGGUCAGGGAUACAAGUAUGUGCAACAGAGGAUGUUGGCGGAUAAGGAUAAGAAGGAUAUUUUGAGGUUGUGGGAUGAGGGCGCGAGAGUGUAUGUUUGUGGUGGAGGAGCUUUUGUUAAGGAGGUAGGGAAAGUAGCGAGGGAAAUUAUGAGGGAGAGGUUGAGAGAGAAGGGAGUGACGAUUGAGGGGGGGAAAGAGGAGUUGGAGGAGAGGUUUAGAAAUGGCUUGGUGGAUAGAUGUGCGACGGAUAUCUUUGGGUAG